AGAGAUUCAAUGAUAAUGCAUAUGAAAAUGUGUGUCUGGAUGCCACAGACUGGAAAAUUUAUGAUGAGUGCGGGGAAAGAUAAGAUGCUGUUGCAGUUAUACUGUGUUUAUUUUUAUCGAUGUGUCAAGUUCAUGCAUCGGGAAUGAAUAAUUGGUUGACUAUUUUCAUUCCCAAAUCCCAACAUAGAUCGGAACCUAAAUGAGAGAGUGGUUAUAUUAAGAUGUAUCAUAGACUUUCCUCUUGCUGAGUAAAAUAUUGAAAUCAUAUCCUAAUUCUAUUAAUGUAAUAGUGAGUUCGGAUUCAAUUGAGGAGACUGCUAAUAAUUUUUAUAGUGUACACUGAUACAUGAGCAUAGCUAUUCAUUUUGCUGUGAAUACAGCACUAUGAAUUUUGUUUCAAAAUACAAGACUUUGACUGGACUCUGUUUUGUUUUCUUGCUUUACAACUGAUGGUAAAAAAAUUUUCAAUCGAAUUAUAAAAAAUAGGAGUGUUCAGGAGAGUUAUCAUGAACAAAAAUGUUUUUCAAUUUAAUUCAGCUAUAGUUUAAUGCUUAAAUAUUACCUACAAGUGAAAAAUACUUCGAAUAGUUCAAUAUGGCACUUAUUCAGGAUGGAUGGUUUCGUGAAGUGAAUAAGUUUUGGCCAGGCCAAUGCAUGUCAUUAAAAGUGGAAAAAAUUUUAUUUCACGAAAAAUCUGAAUUUCAAGAUGUUCUUAUUUUUAAGAGCACAGAUCAUGGAAAUGUUCUUGUUCUCGAUGGUGUUAUCCAAUGUACAGAAAGAGAUGAAUUUUCUUACCAAGAAAUGAUUACACAUGUGCCAUUGUGCAGCCAUCCUAAUCCGGAAAAUGUUCUUGUUAUUGGAGGAGGAGAUGGAGGUGUUGUUAGAGAGAUUUUGAAGCAUGACUGCGUAAAAACUGUAACACAGUGUGAAAUUGAUGGGCUUGUUAUUGAUAUGUGCAAGAAAUAUCUUCCUAAAAUGGCUUGUCAGUAUGAUAAUCCUAAGCUCACACAGCAUGUUGGUGAUGGAUUUAAGUUUAUGAAGGAACAUCCAAAUAGUUUUGACGUCAUUAUUACUGACUCCUCUGAUCCAGAAGGUCCAGCUGAAGCCUUAUUCGAAAAACCCUAUUAUGAGUUGAUGAAGAAAGCUUUAAAGCCAAAUGGUAUUAUUUGCUCUCAGGGUGAAUGUUUAUGGCUUCAUCUUAAACUGAUUAAAAACAUGAAGGAUUUUUGUGAAUCAGUAUUUCCUAGAGUUGGAUAUUCAUAUACAACUAUACCAACAUAUCCAAGUGGACAGAUUGGCUUCAUUCUAUGCAGUUUGAAUGAGAAUACAGAUUUUAAGGAACCGGAGCGUGUUUUAUCAGAAGACGAAGUUGAAAAAAUGAAUUUAAGAUACUAUAAUUCUGCAAUUCAUAGAUCUUCAUUUGUUCUUCCAGAAUUUGCAAGAAAGGUUCUUGAAAAAUGAAGAAUGCAUAGUUUGUGCUGUUAACUGAUGAAAUUGAAAGAACUAAAUAGAGAAAUGUUUUGUGAUUGGGAAUUGUGUGUCGGUGUUAUUAGUGGGAAAGCAGGAGCAAUUAUCAUUGAAAAGAACUACUAAAUGGUGUUUGGUUUUUGGACCAUGAGAGUUGACGUCGUUAUUAUAAACUUCCUAUUGCUGCAAUUUUAUUCCUAUUCCAGUUCAAUAUCAAAUAUUUUACAGAUAAUUGUUGUUUCAAUUUGUCCUACACAUGCUUAUGUUUGUCAUUUUUACUAGUUAUUUUUUGUGUCAAACUCUUCUUCUAUAGAAGAAUAUUUUGUUGGAAAUUUAAUCUUUCAGCCUUUUCAGGUUUAUGAACCUGGUCCCAUGGUCAUGCAAUACUAGAUAUAACAGCUACUACUUCAGGUAAAUUAUAUAACUGAAUUGUCUUUGUGCAUUGUUUACAGUCUAGGAAAUAAGUUUUAGUGUAUCUGAUGUUUUAACUUCAAUUAGGCCUAGUUAUCUAGGUCGUGAGACAUUGAGCUAUAGUUGAUUCACUGGAUACAACAACAUGCUUCUGUCAAAGUUAUCUUCAUCCUUGUCUAGAGCUAAAAGUCUUCCUCUCAUUGUGCGAGGCAAACCCAUCAUAAGGCAACCUGUGCGAUAUGGAGGCCAUAAAAAAAUUCUCUAUACUUUCGUUUCCAAACAGAAUUCAAGGGACUUUAUAAAGCACAUGAAAUUCUACACAGCACUUGGCUUAGUUCCAUCACUUCUUCUAAUGUUUUACACUUCAUAUGUGGUUGGCGAAGCAGAACUUUAUGACUAUGACAUGGAUCAAUACGAACCAGCGUUCUAUGAAUUUUUCGCACAUCCAAUAACCAGGUUCCUAGCAAGAUACUGCAUGGAAGAUCCAAAAUUGUCUUACUACAAGGAUAUUUAUGCUAUCGAAUUGGAAACAUCAUGGACACGUCUGGGUAAAUUAUGUGACGCUGUAGAAGAAAUGGAGAGAAAUGCCCAAUUUCGUCGCUGGCAAAUUAGCACUGGUAUAAUUGACAAUGCUAAGACAAGAGAAAAAUUAGAGGAAUACAUUGAAGAACAUGGCAUAGAAACUGUUGGAAGAAGAGACUGAUUCUAUCUAAACUCACAACAUAUUUUUGAUCCCUUGAAUCUCUUGUGUUUUUGUUUAUCGAAAAAUAUAUGAACAAUAACUG